AUGUCAAUUUUUUUGAUAUUAUUAAUAAAUUUUAUUUUAAUAUUGUUAAGUAACACUAAAUCUAUAUCAUUAUACAACUUUAUAUCUAAAGAUGAUCCUUUAAUUACAUCUACACAAUGUUUAUUUGAAAUAAAAAAUUCAUAUUGUUAUAAUAACGAUCCAAUAAAAAAUUGCAAUACAGAUAUUGUAAUAUCAGUUGAUGCCUCAUCAGAUGCUCUAAUACCAAUAUUAUUUCAAAAAGAAAUUGCUCUUAUUAGAGAUAAUCUUACAUCAAAUUGGAAUGAUUUUAGUAAAGUUGCCUUAACAUGGUAUAAUGAAAUACCAUUUGUAAAAAAUCAAAUUGGAGAUAUUAAAAAUAAAAAUCAAUUUAAUCAACUAUUAAAUAACAUACAACUAUCAGAUGGUUCAAAAUUAUCUUCAUUAUUAAAUGCUUUAAAUAAUACUAUUAUAUUAACUCCAGGAAACUCACUUUCAACUUUUGUUUUUAUAUCAAUGACCUCAGCUGAUGAAAUAAAUGAGGCAAAAAAAUAUGCUAAUGAUUUGAAAGCAAAAGGAGCAUUAAAUUUUAUAAUUUUAGGCAAUAUUGUAAAUAAAAAUGAUUUAGAACCUUUAAAUCCUUCAAAUAUCUUUUAUUGGACUUUUGCUGAUCAUUGUAUUAACCAAUUACAAGAUUUUUUUGUAAAAUCAUUAAAUUGCGAUAAUAAUUGUAUAGAUACAUCUACUCAAAUUCCAGUUACAAGUAGUUCAAUGGCAUCAUCAAUGUCCUCUGUAGGUAAAAUAUCAUCAACUGGUGCAUAUUCAUCAUCUGCUAAUACCAAAUUUGUUUCUGCCCUUACAACAUCAUUACCAAUACAUUCAGGAUCUAUUUCUACUAAAAUUUCUUCAACUGAAAUACCUCUAUCAACAAAAACUGCAUCUGUUUCUACUGGAUUUACUUCAACUUUAUCAGGAUUAUCAUCAACAAAUUCAGAAUCUAUUUCUACUAAAAUUUCUUCAACUGAAAUACCUCUAUCAACAAAAACUGCAUCUGUUUCUACUGGAUUUACUUCAACUUUAUCAGGAUCAUCAUCAACAAACUCAGAAUCUAUUUCUACUAAAAUUUCUUCAACUGAAAUACCUCUAUCAACAAAAACUGCAUCUGUUUUUACUGGAUUUACUUCAACUUUAUCAGGAUCAUCAUCAACAAACUCAGAAUCUAUUUCUACUAAAAUUUCUUCAACUGAAAUACCUCUAUCAACAAAAACUACAUCUGUUUCUACUGCAUUUACUUCAACUUCAUCAGGAUUAUCAUCAACAAAUUCAGAAUCUAUUUCUACUAAAAUUUCUUCAACUGAAAUACCUCUUUCAAAAAAAACUGCAUCUGUUUCUACCGGAUUUACUUCAACUUCAUCAGGAUUACCAUCAACAAACUCAGAAUCUAUUUCUACUAAAAUUUCUUCAACUGAAAUACCUCUAUCAACAAAAACUGCAUCUGUUUCUACUGGAUUUACUUCAACUUUAUCAGGAUUACCAUCAACAAACUCAGAAUCUAUUUCUACUAAAAUCUCUUCAACUGAAAUACCUCUAUCAACAAAAACUGCAUUUGUUUCUACUGGAUUUACUUCAACUUUAUCAGGAUUACCAUCAACAAACUCAGAAUCUAUUUCUACUAAAAUUUCUUCAACUGAAAUACCUCUUUCAACAAAAACUGCAUCUGUUUCUACUGGAUUUACUUCAACUUCAUCAGGAUUACCAUCAACAAACUCAGGAUCUAUUUCUACUAAAAUUUCUUCAACUGAAAUACCUCUAUCAACAAAAACUGCAUCUGUUUCUACUGCAUUUACUUCAACUUCAUCAGGAUUAUCAUCAACAAAUUCAGAAUCUAUUUCUACUAAAAUUUCUUCAACUGAAAUACCUCUUUCAACAAACGCCGCACAUAUUACUACCGAGUUUAGUUCAACGUCAAAAAAGUCGUUUUCUUCAAAUACCAAAAAUGUUCCUACUGGAUCUUUAUCAACUAAAAAUUUUUUAAGUAGUACAUUCUCAGGACAAUUGACUACAUUUACUCCUAGCUCUAUAUUAUCAUCAUCAGAAUCAACAUUAUCAAUUUAUUCAACACCUUCUUUAUUAUCUUCAAUAAAAUCAACAACUAAUACAAUAACAUCUACCUUAUCACCUAUAAAAUUAAAAUGUAAUAAUGAUAUAUUUUUUGUUAUUGACCAACGAUCUGGAGUAACUGAAGAUUUAUUUAAAAAACAAAUAUUAAAAAUAAAAAAAAUAAGUAAUGGUUGGGAUAUAUCAUCCAAUUAUGCUUCUAUUGAUAUAAAUUCAGUUUACGAAAAUUUGAUUUUUAUGACUUAUCCAAAUCAACCAAAGACAGAAUUAACACUUGCAACCAACUUAACCCAAUGGUAUUGUUUGUUAGCGUAUUUAGAAAAAAAUUCUAAUGAUUUCAUAAAACAUUGUGAAAAAAAUUCAAACUUAAUCGAUUUUCCAUAUUAUUCAUCAAAUCAAAGAAUGGAUGAAUUUAUAACUAAAUUUACUAAUAUAUUGUUGAAUGAAUUAAAAUCAUCAAAAAAUAUUCAAAAUUCUAUGGAACUUUCUCUAAUUAUGUUUUCAAAUAUGGAAAAUCAAGCAGAAAUUGAUAAUUGUAUAAAACAAUUAAAGGAUAUUAAAACAAAUGGAAUUAUUAUUAAUCCUGUGUUUAUCAAGUUGCCAGAAUCAUUUAAUGGUGUAUAUAAUAAUGUAAACAAUUAUGAUUUUUCUGAUCCAGAACUUGAAGAAAAAAUAACAAAUAGCAUUUGUUCUUAA